AUGGAGGUGACAAAUGUUACCGAAAAUGAAAACCAGAUAGUGGUCGAAGAACUGUUCUGCUCGGAGACAGUCACUGGAGGGUUGCAUGGCCAGCUAACCUUUCUUUCAGCUUUUAACAUUUUCCUGUCCAUUGCAGCAUUUCUGGGGAAUACACUGAUCCUAGUUGCCCUACACAAGGAAACUUCAACACACCCGUCGUCCAAACUGCUGUAUCGUAACCUAGCGAUAACAGAUCUCUGUGUUGGUAUGGUUGCGGAGCCUUUGGCUGUGACUUACUGGACUUCUGUUGUGAAUAGGCAGUGGCAUAUUUGCUUUUAUGCACAUAAGGCCGGACCCAUCUCAAGCUAUAUUUUGUGUUCGGUGUCUUUGUACACUGUAACCGCAAUAAGCGUGGACAGACUUCUUGCUCUGUUACUAGGGCUAAGAUACAGACAAGUGGUAACUUUGAAAAGAAUACGUAUAACUUUGAUUGGUUUUUGGCUAUUGUCGCUUCUUUCUUCGUUAAAUUUCUUUGGAAUUCAAAUAAUGUGGUGGCUUCCAAGGGUAGGUGGUAGUCUAUGCCUAGUCACCUCAAUAUUCUCUUACAUAAAAAUUUUCUUCACCCUGCGUCACAACCAAAUACGUGUUCAGAACCACGUUUCUCAAGGACAACCGAACCAAACAAUUCCACUGAAUAGAGCUCGAUACAGAAAAGCUGUGAACAGUGUACUUUGGGUGCAGGUAGCAUUGGCUGUUUGUUACCUGCCUUCAAUUAUAACGUCAGCUUGGUUAAUACCUCAAGGAGAGGUGCCUUUAAAUUUUUACAUUGCUCGCCAAUUUACCAGUACUUUAGUGUUCUUAAACUCGUCGCUAAACCCAUUAAUUUAUUGUUGGAAGAUCAGAGAAGUAAGGGAAGCUGUAAAAGAA